AUGAAAGCCCAAAACAGAUCAGCUUGAGAGUAUAUGGAGGAGAGAAGAGGGAGAGAGAGAGAUAAGGAGGAGGAGUCAUGAGUUCGCUGUUCACUCCUUUCUCUGCUCUCCCUUUGCGCCAUACCAGAGCUACUGUCUCCUGUUGCUCUUCUGGGCAUGUAUCAUUUAUCAAAGAAGUAGCUGUCACUGAACCUCCAAAGCAUCUUCAACACUUACUCAAAGUUCUUCAAACAAGAGGUGAAACCAUCAUAUCUCCUGGAGCUAAGCAAGGACUCAUCCCUCUUGCUAUUCCACUUUCUAAGGACUCUUCAGGCUCUGUUACUGCGCUUCUGAGAUGGCCUACUGCUCCACCAGGGUAUGACAUUUUGGUCAGAUCAUUCUUGGUAACUCUUCAUUACAUGUUGUUUGAAUUUAACCUUUUGUUAUCCAAGAACAGAUUGGAUAUGCCUGUUGUUGAAGUUUGGAGGAGUGGUGUCCGGCUUAUAGCUAGAAAUGUAGAUGAGUACAUUCACCGGAUUCUUGUGGAAGAAGAUGCGCAAGAGUUGUCAGAACUCUACAUUGCUUCAGCUGAGGCAGGCGAGAAGCUUUACAAAAAGGGUGCUUUUGCUGAAUCUCAGAUUGAUAAUCUCGAUGUUUAUGUCUUAAAGAAGGUUGGUCUGUUUCCUGAUGUGUUGGAGAAGAAAGUAUUACGGCAUUUCGAUGAAGGAGAUCAUGUCUCAGCUAUGGUGACAGGAGAAUUCUACACAAGGAAAGAUCUGUUUCCAGGAUUUGGACGGCCUUUUGUGUAUUACGCAAACAUACUGCAGAAGGUUGGACGUGAUUCAGAAGCAAAAGAAGCGGCUAGAGUAGCACUGAAGUCACCUUGGUGGACUUUAGGAUGUCCUUAUGAGGAGGUUGCUAGUAUUGCACAAUGGGAAGAUGAGCAAAUCGAAUUCAUAAGAGAGAAAGUGAGUGAUGAAGGUCGUUUUGAGGAUUUGAAGAAGGGUAAAGAUCCCAUCCAAGUUGCUUUGGAUGUUGCUGCUUUUCUCUUGGACUUGGCAUCUAUUGAAGGAACAUGGUCUGAAUCUUUGCACCAUAUUGCUAAAUGUUAUGAAGAGGCUGGAUUAAAGGACAUAUCUAACUUCAUUUUGUACACAGAUGACAAAUGAAAAAAGAACUCUAUGUUGUAUAUGAGAUAAGAUUCUUUCAUAUUGUAAUAACAUCAAAAAUUUUGGUUUCUAAAAAGAAAAUGUCUUUAAUA